GGAGGGCGCUGAGCCGUCCUCUGCUGGCAAGCUCUUUAGGCAAUAUAUGACCGUAAGAUGAAGUCACAAACAUUGCGACUGGAAUCGACUCCCACUCAUGGGGGGAACACAGUCAGUGCUUUAUGUGGAGAAGUACCAGCUGGUACCACGGUCUCCCUCCAGUCCUCCAUACUUCAUUUGUGUGGACGCAGAUUAUUGGGGGGACAUGGAACAACAACGCAAAUAUUACAGUAAAUCCUUCAAUGGCAUCCUCUACUUCCUCCUGACCGUCUGCCUUCACAAACUAAGCCAGUCGCAAAAGCUGUGCACCGUCCCCCCAGAGCCCGUGACUAUCAGAGAGAAUAGCACAGUUGACACUUUCAUUGCCACGGUCAACACCACCGAGAGGGACAUCACACUGACCAUCAUGGAUAAUCCAGAGGAGGCGUUCGAGCUGCGGGGCAUGGACCUGAUGGCCAAAAGAGGUCUGGAUUUCGAGACUUUACUUAAUGAGGAUGCGCUCACAGUCAGGAUAAAAUGCAACAAGACUGGAUUCAAAGCAGUUACCUUACCUCUUAUAGUGCAAGUAGAAAACAUCAACGAUAAUCCACCCACCUUUGCCAAGGAGGAAUAUGUGCUGGAAAUUGAUGAGCUCAUGCCAAUAAAUUCCAGCAUUGGACUAAUAGAGGCCACAGAUCUGGACUCCGAUCUUCUCUACUACAGCUUGGAUCCAUCCACGAGCAAAUACUUCAGGUUACAAACGGAGAACUACCCAAAGCUCUUGGUGCAAAAGAUAGUGGAAUUCGAUGUCAUCCAGAAGAUGACACUGAUCCUAUAUGUCCAGGACACACCCAUUUCUACAGAGCUUGACGAGCCCUCCUUCACGGCCACCACCACCAUCCAGGUGAACGUGCGCGACAUCGAUAACCGUCCCCCGUGGUUCCAGCCAUGCAACAAGGCCCAAGUCGGCAUUGCCAAACUCUGCUACAGCUCGGGGUACAAGGGCAGAGUGAACCUGACAGAAAAAGUAGAAGGUCCUUUGCAGUUGCAACCAGGACCUGUGUAUGCAAAAGAUGGAGACAAAAGCAGAAAUGAACCGAUCAGUUACAGGAUCCUCAAAGGAAAUGAGGACACCAUAUUUGAAAUUGAUGAGAACACGGGCAACAUAACAAUGCUGAAGGCUGCUGACAUCGCUGGUCCAAUUACUCUGACUGUUCUGGCCUCGCAAGUCACCAACAGAGAUCAAUUUGCCAUCGCAUCAGUCACCAUUGAGGUGAUGAAGAAGAGCCGCAACCCUCCGAGAUUUGAGAAGGAGCGCUAUGAGGCCUACGUCUACACCACCUCUGGACCAGACAACAUGGUCAUGAGAGACAAGACCUCCAACAGACCCUUCCGAGUCAAAGCCCGUGAUGAGGACUUUCUAACUGGUACGAAUCCUGACAUUCGAUACGAGGUCCAGUACAGCAGCUAUGUCAACGUGACCACAGACGGCUUUGUUGUCUUGAAGAAGGCCGUGAAAACGGAAUCCUUCGCACUGCAGCUCCGUGCCGUAGACAUAACCACAGGGGAGUCUGGAACGGCAGCACUGUCUGUUCAAGUCAUUCCAGUGCCAGACCAGUCACCGUCUGACGGCUACAGGGCAGGAGACAUGGCUCUGCUGGGCUUCAUCAUGGCAGCGCUGUUGGUGAUGUGCCUCAUCGUGAUCGGAGUCCUCAUCUCCAAGCUGAGGAAAGGGAAUGCCAAUGCGCUCAAGUUAUCAGAGUGUCUAGGCCCGUGCCUAAAACUGCAGCCCAGAAGAAGACCAAGAGACAGCAUGCAGUUUACCAACGACGGGUUCAUGACUGAAGGGGGUGACCCUAGUCGCGGGGGAGGGCUGCCCCCUCGGCGAAGCUCCGGCCCCGACCGCAGACCUGACUCCAUCAAGACGGCCAGGGCCAGAGCCUUGAUCCGAGAGCGGCAGAAGUCACCUUGCAGCUCCUGCGGCAGCAACCGGACCAGCCAGGCCAACCACGUCCCCGCCGGCAGCAGCCCGGCUAAGGCCCGGCUGGGGCCCACGGGACAGAUCCGCUCCAUCCUCGCCAAGGGGAAGAAGCGGGACGAGCGGCAAAAGAGCGUGUGGUUCAAGGAGAGCGCUGACACCUCUGAGAUCCAGGUGGAGAUCAUUCCUGACAACAUAGGCCUCAAGCCUAGUCCUGAGGAGGAUGUGGAGAGCCUGGAUGCUGACUCCACCAGCUCCCUCCCCACAGAGAGCGAGAUGGAGCUGGGAGAACUGACCGCCAUGAUCACGCAGCAAGACAUGGCCGUGCAAGUGGACAAUUCUGAGGAGGACAAAGAGGACGAGAAAGAGAACGGAGACAAAGAAGACCAGUAGUGGAUGUGUUCAUUUUACAGACACUUGCUUGAAAAAUAAAUAUCAUCGAGUGAGUUGGGGGAAAAAAGACACACACGGAAAAGAGAUGCUAUCUCCUCUUGUAAGACAUUGGCAAUGUUUUCUCGACUUCAUCUCCAUGGGAGAUUUCUCCGUACAGCCUCUCCCUGCUCUUCCACAGAUGAUGGAAUGGAUCUGAUAAUUGCUCAAAUGCUUUUUGGUUAGCUUAAUUGGGUCUGUUAAGCUAAUCAAAGCCACGGUUUAAAUUAAGGACACUUCAACCCCCCCUGGAGGCAGGCAUGUGAAGCUCUUGCAACUCUACAGUUGAAAUGAAACCAGGCUCUGUGUUCUCCCACUUUGAGUCAGGUAUUGCACAGCCAGCAAUAAGAGGCCAGAAACAUGCAGUAAAUUCAUGCAUACACAACCAAAACAGAUAGACGUGGGUUGGCCUGGAAGGUCAAUAUGUUAACUUAUACUUGUACAGUUUAUUUGUAAUUUAGUUAUUUUAAAGCUUCAAGGAAUAGCAUGUAUUCUGUUGCUUAUUUCCAGAAUGUUUGCCUCUCAUUCACAAAUUCCAUCUUUUUCGUGAAUAUUUACAAGUGACAACCACUAUUAAUCUGCCAUUUUGAAUUAAAAGUCAUAGACAUCUUUGGCUGCAAAACCUAUUCUGGUCAGACCAGUAAAGAUUAGCUUCAUAUUAUAUUAGUGAAAAACAGCAAAUUUGUGAACGGGCAUCAUUCAACAUUUUGGAAAGGAAUAAAAACUGUAAAAUUACACACUGGUCCUUUAAAGGUAAUGUAUGUAUUUUUGUGCAAAUGAUAUGAGUAGACGUGUGUUGGAUUUACAUGUCGUUAGGUACACUGUACAGCUUCGCCUUUCCAGCCAAGUGAUGUCUUUGGCCAUUCUGUCAGUGGUGUAGUUUGGCAUUCACAUCACUACAUGUAAUCCUCUGAUGUCCUCACACUGUUGACUUAAGAGAGUGCAGUACUGGGGCGGGCCUCACAGAAGACCAUCCUCUGGUACUGCCUUAGCGCCCACCAUACUUAGUAGAGUCAUGAAUACAGCAUGAGUUCCACACCAAACACACAGUCCAUGUUUGAGGCAACAUUUUGAAAAAAAAAAGUGCCUGAGAAGGUUUGAUAUAAGACUUCUACUCUUCAGAUCCAUUUUUUUUGUUGAUGUUCAUGUUCCAAGGCAAUGUUGCUGUUUUGGAAUGUAUUUGACCUGUACCACACUAACACACCUAGCAAAUCAUAUAGGUUUUAUGGACAUAUUUUGAUACUUCAAAUACUUCAAGUUCAACUUGCCAACCUUACUAAGCACAUUAAGCAUUGAUGGUGUGUACUGUGUGUUUGUAUUUUGUUCUUAAGGAAUGUUUAAGAAGGAUAACUUAAUAAAUUAUUUCGAAAUCAGGACAGAAAAUGUUGAUUUAGUAUUUUCAGCAUCAACUUGUGCUGUAGUCCCAGAAGGAAGGGUUGCAUACAGCUUGCCGUCAUGCAUUUUAAAUGGUGGAAAACCGUAAUAAGACAUUUCAUCAUCUGAUAUGCUACUGCUACAUCCUUGAUAGUAGGCUUUACGUUGUGUGUUUUCAUACCUAGUACAUGAAAUACCUCUGAUGUAAGCUCUAUACAUGAGCUUUGGUGUUUGGUGCAUUUGCACACUAAGGAAGCAAAACAUCUAUGCCAGGGGUUCCCAACCCUUUCCAACUUGGGACCCACUUUUUCACAAAUGUCCGGGGCCCAUCUCUGGCCCAAUA